GCACCAUGAACACCAACGUGUGCGUGGAGACGGGGCCCACCGCCGAGGCGCCGGGCCUGCCCAAGGAGAACCACCUGCCCGACGGCGCCCUCAACAGCCUUGUGGAUUACAACUCUGAGAUGGAGAGGUACCGCUCCUUCGCCACCUUCUACAAGACCAACGGCGGCGCGUUCCCGCAGGCGGCCAAGAUCGCGCGCAUCACCACCCCGAUCUUCCCCAGCGCUGCCGCCGCCGCCGCCGCGCGCAUCGGCAUGUCCCCCUGGAACUGCGACACGGCCACGGCCGCCGCCGCCACCGCCAUGCUGUGGGGCAGCGGUGCGGGCGGCGGCGGCGCGGGCGUCGGAGGCCCCGCCAACCCAGCGGCGGCCGUGGCCGGCGGCGUGGCGGCUCGCAAAGCCGCAGCCGCCGCGGCUUCCUCCGCCGCUGCAGCCGCGGCCGCUGCAGCCGCCGUGGUGUCGUCGUCGGUGUCGUCGUCGUCGUCGGUCGCCUCGUCGCUGCACGCCGCCGGCAGGAGCGGCGGCGCCGGGGGCAGCGGCCUCCACCACCGCGGCGACUCCCAGCAGCGCCUGGGCAAGCCGGGCUGCGCGCCGGCCGAGCAGGCCUCGUUGCAAAUGGCCAACAACAAUUUCCUCUCCACCUUGGCGCCCGAGCACUGCAGACCUUUGGCGGGGGAAUGCAUGAACAAGCUCAAAUGCGGCGCCGCCGAAGCGGAGAUAAUGAAUCUCCCCGAGCGCGUGGGGACUUUUUCCGCUAUCCCGGCUUUAGGGGGCAUCUCAUUACCUCCCGGGGUCAUCGUCAUGACAGCCCUGCACUCCCCCGCCGCAGCCUCCGCAGCCGUCACAGACAGCGCGUUUCAAAUUGCCAAUCUGGCAGACUGCCCGCAGAGCCAUUCCUCCUCCUCGUCGUCCUCCUCCUCCCUGGGAGCCGCCGGAGGAGGAGGAGGGGGAGGCGGGGGAGGAGGAGGAGGCGGGGGAGGCGGCGGCGGAGGAGGGGCAGGCAACCCUGCCAAGAAGAAGAGGAAAAGGUGCGGGGUGUGCGUGCCCUGCAAGAGGCUCAUCAACUGUGGCGUGUGCAGCAGUUGCAGGAACCGCAAAACGGGACACCAGAUCUGCAAAUUUAGGAAAUGUGAAGAGCUAAAGAAAAAACCUGGCACUUCGCUAGAGAGAACACCAGUUCCCAGCGCCGAAGCAUUCCGAUGGUUCUUUUAAGCAGUAGUAUUAUUAUCUUAUUUUCAAGGCAGCCUGAAGUGAAUGGUCUUGUUUUAAGAAACUGCUUAGUCCACCACUGAAGAAUAUAUUCAGAUAACUAUUUUCAUUUAUGUAUAGGGGUUUCCUCAAAAUCAAAAACAAAACAAAAACAAAAUUGUGAAGUCAGGUGGUCUCCGGGUAAGAGGGGAUGGGAAAGCCACUUUGAUUAACCUAUUGAUGAUAAAGCAGACUUUCCCCCCACUGAAAUGCCUGAACAUAAGAUAGUACUGUUUGAGCUCCUAACUCAUCAUGUUCACGUUCACUGUCUUGUGUUUUCAUGCUGUUCAGAAAAACCCUCCUUGCGGUCACUUGUCGUCCCCCUCCACUGCUGCCCACCUUUCCCCAAAUGACCCAGUUGCGUUUUUAGCAACUGGUUCCAGUUUUAGCUACCGCCAUUUGUUUUCCUCUCCAAAGACCCCUCCAAAUAAGGGAACACACCAUAUCAGAGGACACUAACCAGCUUGUGAGGGCCACUCUCUUAUCAGGAGACCACCACAUUUGGGACCCUGGGGGAAUUGGCCAGUUGACUCACAUUCAGUACACCAAUUCUUUCUUUGAUGUAAUUUAGCUAUACUAGUGAAGUUGUUGUCUAUUUUUAAAGUGGCUGUAAAAAAAAAAAGUUUGGGUAAACCCCUGCUAUAAAAUAAUGUAUCUUUACAAAGUACCAUAUCUAUACUUCAUUUUCCAAUAUAUGUGUUUCAGUACUGUAAACUGUACAGAUAGCAGCUUGUAUUUUGUGUGUCUAGACACAAAGAGACAAUCACGUCUGAGCGUCUAUGGAGAGUAACUGUUUGUACACAACAGUGUGGUUCUGCAAGUUAAAUCCGGAGCAAUAAAUCCAAGUUUUUAAGUAUUAUUUCUGCCCGUUGUCCAGUAGCACCACUGUUUUUACCAUUUACACCUGAUGCGAAGUUGUGCAAGAGUAAAGAUUAUUAUGCAUCCAACAAAUACCUUUUUGGACCAUACUGUUGUAUGAAAAGGAAAGACAUAAAAUGUAAAAGUUAAUUGUUUGUGAGCACGAUAUUAGAGUAGCAAAUGCUUAAUUGCAUUGCUUCGGAAAGAGCUUUACAGAACAGGAUCCGUCCAAAGCAUGUACAUUUAGCAGACCCACUUUGCACUUCAAAAUAGAGUUUACAGCAUAAGAGGACACCCAGAAAGGAUUUAACAGAGAGUUAUAUCAAAGUUGUUUUAGGAUACAAAAUGAAAAGAGUACCAUACCUUUUUUCGGGGUGGGGUGGGGAGCAGAUGGAAAUUUGUCACUCAAUAUAUUUACCUUCCCGCUGGAAGUUGUUCUAUAGACCUUUCAAUAGGAUUUUUUUUUUUAAAAAAAAACCCUUUAUAAUGUAUUUUUGCCCUAUGUGCAACAUUUAUUUCUUAGAAGUUUGUAAGUUUAGAUGGCGUUACAUCUUCUCUGCAGGUCAUGAGAACCCGAAUAUCUUUAUGGUGUUCACAAAUAUUAGCACUUCUAAUUCAAUUAAAACUGGGGGCGGGGGAUGUGAUUUAUAUUUUUCCCUGCCUAAUUUUGCCCCGCUGGCCCCGCUGGGAGUCAGUGGAAUUAUUCGACAUGGAAUUUUAACUGUACUGACAAACCAUCGGCUUUGCUGAUUAGGCUCUGGUUAAACCGUUCAUAGCAAAAUCCCAUACAUGUCCAUUCAUAAGUAAGCCAGCCCCCACCCCCCAAGUUCAAUGAGAUUGAACAGGUAACUGUGCAUAGGAUUGCAGUCUCAGAAAUGAAUUUUAAAAACCCAGUGUAGGAGAAUGAUUUUCUAAAAAAAUAUUCCCCAGAUUACUUCAUUAGGCAUCUUGUUAAGAUUAGUGCUUUGUUUAAUUGGGAGGCGGGGGGCAGGGAGCAAUAGCAGGUGGAUAGAAACCAAUUAUUAGGAAAGAUGUUCAAGAGGGUUCAUAGCCUCAGUUCUGCUCAAGACUUCUUGAACACAGAGUGUGAGGAAUCCCUCAUAAUCCUGGAAUUUUCAGCCAAUAUUAAUUAUAUAUACAACUCUUAGAAAUAAAAGGCUUAUCCCCACCCUUGGAUUGCAGAAAAAACUGAAAACAUGCCCACAGUUUGCCAACAGUUUGCAGACCAGAGGUUGUUUGUAUGGCAUUUUCCAGUAAUUGUGGUGGGGAGGGAUGUUGUAAUCAUUAAACUCACACUCCUAUGUAGGCUUUUGAUUUAAGGGUGCACUUUUGUUUAGUUUACAAUUGCCCUGCCAUAUGCAAAAUAAUUGGUUUCCCACCCUUGCGGUGCAGGUUUCAGGGUGAAGAUUUCAGUCCACAUUGACCAUUUUGAGUAGAAAACCAGGGCGUGGCAGAUAUUCCUGGCCAACUAACGUAAUGCAAUUGGGGGUGAUUUUGUGCAUGUGAUUUCACAUAUGUAUUCCCUCCAUUAGAGUUUCACAAGCCAUUUUCCUUACCUGCUCUCCUCCUCCCCUUCCAGUUAAAACAAGGACAACAUUUUGCAUCAGAAGCAAAAGGAUUCAAACAUAUGCAGAGCUGGCAAUUUUGCACAAUGUACUAUCUUGGAAUGCCUUGCUGCAGAAAUUUAACUACCGGUACAGAAUCCUAACGCACACACAGGCCCAAUAAUAGGACAAGUUGCCCACAAAACAUUUUAUUUCGGACUGUUACCUUAUCUAGUUCCCCCCUCUUUCAUUUCAUUUUUUAUUAUGGGGGAAACUCGCAGGCUUGAAGAGUAUUAGAUGUUUUGGACAGCAUCAAAGAGUUUUGAUUUAAGAAAGGCCACCACAAUGAAUCAUUUCCUCUCUCUAGCUUGUUUUCAGCUGCCUUUAAAACCAGGAGUUUUUAAAGAUCUCUUUUAUCAUAUCAAUUUUGUUUAACCCUUGAAAGUAGCAUUUGAGGAGUAACACCAGAAGAGUGAAUUGGUUCUCUCUCACUACACAGCAAGGAAAUAGCUCUGGCUCAGGCAUAGUGCUGUUCCAUAGCUUAGCAUUACAACAGAAAGCCUAGCUUCCUCCCCAUGACUAUGAGCUUCCUCUGGUGCAAACCACGAGGAGUUUGAAAACUUCCACUUGCAUUUUAGUACAAUACAACUUGCUUUAUCCUUGAAAUCCAGACAAAUUCAGGUGAAUCUUAACCAUGGUUAGUGGAAACAAGCCAACUUUAAACCAUAGUUUAUGAAGAUGUUUUCACUAACCAUUGUUAGUUAGGAUGUUUUCACUAACCAUUGUUAAUCUUUAUUGCACAGCAUGCUAAACCACACGUUCUGACAGCGUGGUGAACUGGGCUUGUCUUGGGUAAUGUUAAACCAUGGUUUAGUGUUAUGUCUGACAACACACUUACAUAUUAUUCCCAGAAUGAGUCUCAUUGAAAGCAAUGGAAUUUAAGGGUUUAAAAGUAGCUCUAGAGGCACAUUGUUUUCUAUGAGAUCCAUGGGGUUAGCUUUUUGAGGACUGUGUGUGUGCAGUUCCGGGUUCUUUUCACAGCUCAACUUUAUACACCUUUGGAGCAUUUUCUCUAUGGCUUCUGGAAAGCUCAAAUGAAAGGAUACAAUAUUGCUAUGAAGAGUUGUAAUGUAUGAGAAGUGCUUGCGUGAAUGUUCCCAUGUCCUAGUAGGAGACACCUACCUCUCAGCUGGGCUACACUUUUUAAUUAAAUAAAUAGGUUUAUACCAGGCCCCUGUAAAAUGAUGUGUUCAAGGGCCCUUCCAAGCAGCUUCAACUGUGGAGACAGGAAGCUUCUAAUCCCUAGACUUUGGACCCAAGUGUGUGGUAUUUUGACACACAAUGAUGCCUCUCAGGGCUGGUCUAGGUUUUUGCUACUAUACAUGUCCUAAGAGGUAAGCCCGAGCAUCUCCUGCAGCACCACACAAUAUCUCCAAGUACACCCCUUGAACUAUAAGUAACUUUCCAUGGGCACCUUGUAGGCACCUCAGGGUUGAAGGACCAGUUUGGGCUGGCUUUUCAAGAUGCUUCUGAAGAUAUCCCUUUGGAAAAAUCUCUGCCCUUCCCCGGAGACACUUCUUGCACCUCUGGUUGAGUGCCGUCCUGGAUGAGCCCUGGAAAGUUUCUCUACUUUAAAUCUACAUAAGUGGGGGAAACCUCAGGUCCAGGGGAUCUACCUGCCUCCCAGGACCCUUGCCCACGCCACACCUCUCAGCAGCCCUGUUUCACAUCUUCCCUGAGGGUUUUUGCCUCACUGAAGUGUAUCCUUGAACUCGGAUGGUGCCUCUUGUUUUCCUGAAUGGAGGAUAAAGAGGGGUAUGCAAAGGUGUGUAAAAACAAGCUUAUCGCACAAAGAUCACAAUUCCAUUCAUUGCUAUGUUGGCUUUUUGCCUCUGGCCCCAUCUACUGCAGGGAUGUAGCCCUCAGAAACUUUCCCUGAAGGGAGCAUGGGAGGAGGAGAAACCCAUAUUCUUUACUCUAGAGUAAAGAAGUUGCAUAUGGCCUUUUUUCAUUCCGACAAAAAAAAAGCCCCUAACUUUUUAUUAUUCUUUAGAAACAACGGAUAAUUGAUUAUCAAUAUAGCAAAUGCUUGAAGCCUUACUGACCCAACUGGCUGUUGAGCUUGCCUUGUUUGGAAGAUCUUUUGUGAUCGCGGUUAAAAGCAGGGACAGAAAAAUUCAGUUCAGGCUGCGUUAGGUGUACAAUGAUUCAUAGCAAUGUACUAACUGUCUUAAUACCCUGAUGUUGCAUGUGUCAAUGUGGUUUCAUUUCUGGGUUUUUAUGUUUUGUUUUGUUUUGUUUGAUUGAUUUCGGAAGAACUGAUGAAUUUGUAUAUCGUAAUUGUGAUGUUUUUUUACAUGUCAAAUUCGAAUGGUUAAAAAAUCCAAAACUGUCAAUUAUAAUUAUAAUUAUUAAAAAGGACAUGGAUACAUUUACUUGGAUCCCCGCAAUUAUUAUUAUUACUAUUGGAAUUUCUUUUAGUAUAUGUCUACCAGCCACAUCAAGCAUCUUUGUUUCAUUGACACACAAUUUGUAUGAUGUGUAGUGCAUAUAUUUAGAGUAUUUUAGUUGCGAGUGUUUUGAAGAAGGAAAUCUCUUUUCUGGCCUCUUAGCCUCUUUCUCCCUGUAUAUGGUUAUCAUUUGUAACAUAGAUUACUGUUAGGGGUUUGAAUCUCAUUUGUGUUUCCCAAAACCUCCUCAAACGAUUUAGGCUGCAGUCCUAACUGUUGUGUAUUGAUGGGGGUGGGGGAGAACGAAGGUGGUUUGACCAUCUCAUCCAACAUUCUGCUAGGAUCUCCUGGCUUGGUGGGUGGUAGUGAAGGCAGUGGAAAACUCUACACAUACAUAUCUUAAUUUUUUUACACCCCACAUUUCCCCUCCAUUGUUUCCGAUGGGAGGGGGAAAGGAAGGAGGAGUUUAGACAUGCUCCGAAGCAUGUCUGAGUUCCCACCUGACUUGUGAGCAGGUCAGGGGGCCAGGAGGGCUUGGAAUCCUUUAGAUCCCACCUGGAAUGCUUUCCUUAUUGCCUCUCCAACACUGGAGCUCUGCCAAAACUUCCUUUCCAAGAUCAGAGCUCCACUCUAACACCACGGGGUUAGAAUCAAUCCAGCCUAUAGCAACUUUGAUGCCCUCCAAUGGAUCAUACAAUUGCACCCUUAACAUUUAUGGACUUCUAAUACUGCUCACACACACACACACACACACACACACACACACACACACACAUUUGGUCCAGCAGUUUUGUGCUGAAGUUCUCCUAUUUUGGAGAAACGGACAACUCUGUGUGAACUAGUGGAUGCAAUUGCAGAGGUCCCUAUUCCAUUGGAGUGAAUGGGGAACCAAAACACGCUGUGCAAAGGGUUCUGUGUGUGCCUCACAAAAUACAGGAAGGAUUGGGACAAAAGACUGCAACUUUGAUGUCUUUUAGAACUGAGCGCUAAGUCUGCCAAACUGAAUGCAGUAUUUUUUUUUUUUUUACCAUACCUCAGAUAAACCUGUUCAGCUGUAAGGUGGCAAGUGAAGCAUGCAUAGGCGUUAUAGGACUUAAUAAUAGUCAACUCUGUAAGAGAAAGGAAAUAUUCCCUUUUGUUCAGAACCCCCUGGUAUGCAAGUCACACAAUUAACACUAAGGAAUAUGAAGUCUUUAAACGGGCUGUGUCUGUAAUCAAAUAAUGAAAGGGAAAAAAUAGAGAGAAAGCAAUUAAAUGAACAUACCAUCCAGGGUCGAAUACAUCCAGCAAAAAUCAGUGGUGGGUCUUUGAUCAUCGUUGGAUGCAUAGUGAUAUCAAACGGAUGGUUCUCAUGUAACAGCUAAAUGUUUCAGAUUUUGUUUUUAUUAAAUUUGGCAGUUUCACACUGAGAUCUGCUGAUUCCUGGCAAAUAAAGGACAGCUCAAAUGUGAGAAAGUAUUCCAUUUUCACAAUUGCAGGGAGCUAGGAUUACUUUUUCCCCCCUCAGAAAAAAGACCACAAAAAAUGUCCUCCUUUCACACUGUUCUCCUAUUUCUGAACUGUGCAGUUAUCUAUUAAAUUUUCUAAUAGAUCUUUGUGUAAAGUGUAUGUAUGCUUGUGCAAUUAUGAAAAAAAGCAGUUUUUGAAAAUGGUGUAUUUAUUUCAAAUCACUUAUGGGGCAUGUACAAAACUGUAUAAACCCAUUCAAUCUGCCCAGUAAAGUUGUUUUUGUGAUAUUUCUGUGUUGUUGAAUAAAGGAAUUUAGUACUCUAAAGAUCUCUCUUUUUCCAUGAACAGGUUAAAUUUGAGGGAUCUUAAAUAACAAAAUGAUUAUCCUUGAUAACAACCAUGCAAAAAUAACCAAAAAAAGGUUCAGAUUCUUAAUUCAUACCUACUCCAAUAAAUGCAAUAAGGUUUUGGUACGAUAUAUGUUCAGUGUUUUUUUUCUUUAUUAGCAUUCAACAAAAGUCUCUUGAAUUGCUUAUCGCACGUCACUUCCAUUAU